AUGGUUUCUCAAUCGGUCAACAAGACCGCUCUUCACCCGGGUGGUGUCGAGCCCUCGCGCGAGCACACAGAGCUGGAAGAAGAACUUCAUUCGACUGCUCACAUCGACUACGACCGCGUGGCCAUUGUUGCCAACCCGUCUGUUUCUGCUCUUUACGAAGAUGCUCUUGUCUAUGAGACUGGCACAGCCAUUACUUCGUCCGGGGCUUUGACGGCCUACUCGGGCUCCAAGACUGGGCGGUCGCCGCUCGACAAGCGGGUGGUUAAGGAACCUAGCUCAGAGAACGACAUUUGGUGGGGACCUGUGAACAAGCCCAUGACUCCAGAGGUGUGGAAGAUCAACCGUGAACGUGCCGUCGACUACCUCAACACCCGAAACCGCAUCUACGUGAUCGAUGGCUAUGCCGGUUGGGACGAACGUUACCGCAUCAACGUCCGGGUCGUCUGCGCCCGUGCCUACCAUGCACUCUUCAUGCGCAACAUGCUUAUCCGCCCAACGCGAGAAGAGCUGAAGAACUUCCAUCCCGACUAUGUCAUCUACAAUGCCGGCUCCUUCCCGGCCAACAGAUACACCGCCGGCAUGACCAGCGCUACCAGCGUUGCUAUCAACUUUGCUGAGAAAGAGAUGGUCAUCCUGGGCACCGAGUACGCGGGAGAGAUGAAGAAGGGUAUCUUCACUGUGCUGUUCUAUGAGAUGCCGGUCAAGCACAACGUGCUGACCCUCCACUCGUCGGCCAACGAGGGCGAGAAUGGCGAUGUCACGGUCUUCUUUGGCUUGUCUGGCACUGGCAAGACCACUCUGUCCGCUGAUCCUAAGCGUAAGCUGAUCGGUGACGACGAACACUGCUGGUCUGACAAGGGUAUCUUCAACAUUGAGGGAGGAUGCUAUGCCAAGUGCAUUGGCCUUUCUGCCGAGAAAGAACCCGAUAUUUUCAACGCCAUCCGAUUCGGCUCCGUCUUGGAGAAUGUCGUCUUUGACCCAGAGACUCGAGAGGUCGACUACGAUGAUGCCACCUUGACCGAGAACACCCGCUGUGCUUACCCCAUUGAGUACAUCAGCAACGCCAAGAUCCCGUGCUUGAGCAACAACCACCCCAGCAACAUCAUCCUGCUUACCUGCGACGCUCGCGGUGUGCUGCCCCCCAUCUCCAAGCUGAACACCGCCCAGACCAUGUUCCACUUCAUCUCCGGAUACACUUCCAAGAUGGCCGGCACUGAGGAUGGUGUCACCGAACCUCAAGCCACCUUCUCUUCCUGCUUCGCUCAACCAUUCUUGGCUUUGCACCCCAUGCGCUACGCGAAGAUGCUGGCAGACAAGAUCUCGCAACACAAGACCAACGCCUGGCUCCUCAACACCGGCUGGGUCGGCGCAGGCGCCACCACCGGAGGUAAGCGUUGCCCAUUGAAAUACACCCGUGCCAUCUUGGAUGCCAUCCACUCGGGAGAACUUGCCAAGGCUGAGUACGAGACCUACGAUGUGUUCAACCUCAGUGUGCCCAAGUCUUGUCCGGGUGUCCCAGAUGAACUGCUCAACCCGAAGAAGAGCUGGACCGGUUCGGCCGACUUCAAGGAUGAGGUCACCAAGCUGGGCAAGCUUUUCAACGAGAACUUCAAGAAAUAUGCCGACGAAGCCACUGAGGAAGUCAUCAAGGCUGGUCCUGUUGUGUAA